AUGCGGGCAGGUUUUAGAUGGACAGUACCUAUCUUGCAGCAGGACUGUGAGCCCCUUAGAGAGGAAGUGGCUUCUAACAAUGAAACUAUGGCAACAAUUCUUCUUCAAAACUUAUUAAUACAAUUGGAUGAACAGUUAGGUCGCGUUUCCAAAGAGAAAAACCUGCUGUUGAUUCAUAACCUAAAGAGGAUUAGAAAGGUUCUUCAGGGAAAGUUUCACGGAAAUCCCAUGCAUGUAGCUGUGGUCAUCUCAAAUUGUUUAAGGGAAGAGAGAAGAAUAUUGGCUGCAGCCAACAUGCCUAUCCAGAUGACAGAACAAGACACCAAAUACUUAGAAGAUCUGCAAGAUGAAUUUGACUACAGAUAUAAAACAAUUCAGACAAUGGACCAUGGUGAGAAGAAUAGCAUUCUAAUGAACCAGGAAGUUUUGACACUGCAAGAAAUGCUGAAUAGCCUGGACUUCAAGAGAAAGGAAGCCCUCAGUAAGAUGACACAGAUCGUGAACGAGUCGGACCUGCUGAUGAACAACCUGCUGAUCGAGGAGCUGCAGGACUGGAAGAGGCGGCAGCAGAUCGCCUGCAUCGGAGGCCCGCUGCACAACGGGCUGGACCAGCUUCAGAACUGCUCGUUUGUGGUUGAGCGACAGCCGUGCAUGCCGACACACCCUCAGAGGCCGAUGGUCCUUAAAACCCUCAUACAGUUCACUACCAAACUGAGACUACUAAUAAAAUUGCCAGAGCUCAACUACCAGGUGAAGGUGAAGGCAUCCAUUGACAAGAAUGUCUCAACUCUGAGCAAUAGAAGAUUUGUGCUUUGCGGGACUCAAGUCAAAGCUAUGUCCAUUGAGGAAGCCUCCAAUGGGAGUCUCUCAGUAGAAUUUAGACAUUUGCAACCGAAGGAAAUGAAGUCCAGUGCUGGAAGUAAAGGAAAUGAGGGCUGCCACAUGGUGACGGAGGAGUUACACUCCAUAGCCUUUGAGACCCAGAUAUGCCUCUAUGGCCUCACCAUUGACUUGGAGACCAGCUCGUUACCUGUGGUGAUGAUUUCUAACGUCAGCCAGCUGCCCAAUGCGUGGGCAUCCAUCAUCUGGUACAAUGUGUCGACCAACGACUGCCAGAACUUGGUUUUCUUCAAUAAUCCUCCGUCUGUCACGCUGAGUCAACUCCUGGAAGUGAUGAGCUGGCAGUUUUCAUCCUAUGUCGGCCGUGGCCUUAAUUCAGACCAGCUCAACAUGCUGGCGGAGAAGCUCACAGUCCAGUCCAACUACAGCGACGGUCACCUCAGCUGGGCCAAGUUCUGCAAGGAACAUUUGCCUGGCAAACCGUUUACCUUCUGGACCUGGUUGGAAGCAAUAUUGGACCUGAUUAAAAAGCACAUUCUCCCCCUGUGGAUUGAUGGGUACAUCAUGGGCUUUGUAAGCAAAGAGAAGGAACGGCUUCUGCUCAAGGAUAAAAUGCCCGGGACAUUCUUGUUAAGAUUCAGUGAGAGCCAUCUUGGAGGGAUCACCUUCACCUGGGUGGACCACUCUGAAAACGGAGAAGUGAGGUUCCACUCUGUGGAGCCCUACAACAAAGGGCGGCUGUCGGCUCUGCCCUUCGCUGACAUCCUGCGAGACUACAAGGUCAUCAUGGCCGAGAACGUCCCCGAGAACCCUCUCAAGUACCUCUACCCUGACAUUCCCAAAGACAAAGCCUUCGGCAAACACUACAGCUCCCAGCCUUACGAAGUUUCGAGACCAACAGAACGGGGAGACAAAGGUUAUGUCCCUUCAGUUUUUAUCCCCAUUUCAACCAUCCGGAGUGAUUCCACGGAACCCCAGUCUCCUUCAGACCUUCUCCCCAUGUCCCCGAGUGUAUACGCUGUGCUGAGAGAAAACCUGAGCCCGGCCACGAUUGAAACUGCAAUGAAAUCUCCGUAUUCUGCUGAAUGACAGCAUAAAGUGACUCUUCACAGAAGAGAGCGGUUGACAGCGGGGAUUGUUCUCGGUCAAAGGCCACAAUUUAUUUCUUCAGCUUUGUAAAUACCGGUUUCUAGAAAAUGGUAGAAGUCUAAAGCUUUCCUCUCACCCCAAUUGGGAGUGCAAGUGACCAGAAUGCAAAAAAAAAAAAAGCAAAAAACCCCAAAGCUUCAGAUAAACAUGCAAGAAGAAAGCUUUAAGAAACCAGUGUUAGCAACAAUAUAACAGAAGACCUCCUGG